AUGACUUUGGUGGCCAAAAGUCGCUCAGCUUCUUUCCAGUUCUUCUCCUUUCUCCUUCAUCUCCCUUCAGUGGAAAUCCACCGCAGCUGCUCUUCACUCUCCACCAACCUCCUUCAUGAUCCAAAUGACGACGCAAAACACUCAAAUGACGCCGAAUUAAUAUCAAAGAUCCUUGUCCACCACCACAAUCCCUUCCACUCCAUGGAGUCUUCUCUGCAGCUCCACGGCAUCACUCUCUCUCCUCAGCUCCUCAACCACACCCUCCUGCGCCUCAUCCACAAUUCCAAAAUUGCCCUCGCCUUCUUCAACUAUGCCAAGUCCCUCCCCGACCCUCCUCUCUCCACCACCUCCUUCAACCUCCUCAUUGACAUCCUCGCCAAGGUCCGCCAGUAUGACGUCGCUUGGCAGCUCAUCCUCGAAAUGGACAACUUCAACCUCACCCCCACCGCCUCCACAUUUCUCAUCCUCAUUCGGCGGUUGAUCUCCUCCGGCCUCACCCGCCAAGCCGUUCGGGCCUUUGAGGACAUGGAAACCUUCGUCCAAACCAAACCCAGUAGCCAAGAUUUUUGCUGUUUGCUUGAUACCCUUUCCAAAUAUGGCCACAUUAAGGUUGCAGCUGAAGUUUUUAACAAAAAGAAGCAUGGGUUUGUGCCUGACGUCAAAAUGUACACUGUUUUGGUCUAUGGGUGGUGUAAGAUUGGUCGUUUUGAUAUGGCGGAGAGAUUCUUGAGGGAUAUGAUUGAGCGCGGUAUUGAGCCCAAUGUUGUAACUUACAAUGUCUUCUUGAAUGGUAUUUGUAGGCGUGCAAGUUUGCACCCUGAGGAAAGGUUUGAGAGGACGAUAAGGAAUGCAGAGAAGGUGUUUAAGGAAAUGUGGGAGAGAGGGAUUGAGCCUGAUGUCACUAGUUUUUCAAUCGUGCUUCAUGUUUAUAGUCGGGCACAUAAGCCUGAGUUGUCACUUGAAAAGCUGAAGCUGAUGAGAGAGAGAGGGAUUUGCCCCACUGUGGAAACUUAUACUUCAGUUGUAAAGUGUCUUUGCUCAUGCGGGAGACUUGAGGAUGCAGAGGAAUUGCUUGGUGAGAUGGUGAGGAGUGGGGUUAGUCCAUGUGCAGCGACGUACAAUUGUUUCUUCAAAGAGUACAGGGGGAGAAAGGACAGCGAGGGUGCUUUGAAGCUGUACAGGAAGAUGAAGGAGGAGGGUUUGUGCGUGCCCAGUAUGCACACUUAUAACAUACUGGUGGGAAUGCUUUUGGAAUUGAAUCGUAUGGAGAUUGUGAGAGAGAUAUGGAAUGAUAUGAAAGAGAGUGGGGUAGGACCUGAUUUGGAUUCGUACACCAUGUUGAUUCAUGGGUUAUGUGGGAAACAAAAGUGGAGAGAGGCUUGCCAGUUGUUUGUAGAGAUGAUAGAGAAGGGGCUUCUCCCUCAGAAGAUUACUUUUGAGACACUUUACAAAGGGCUAAUACAAUCUGAUAUGUUGAGAACUUGGAGAAGAUUGAAAAAGAAGCUUGAUGAAGAGUCUAUUUCAUUUGGAUCAGAGUUUCAAAAUUAUCACCUUAAGCCAUAUAGGAGAUGA